GGUAUAUGUGUUUUUUAUUCGCGGGUUUUUUUGGAUAUAGUUGGUGAAUACUAUCGAACACUGGAAGACUGGUAGUCUGGAACUGUGUUAUCUUGUGUAGUGGCGAGUGAGUCACAUGGCCGAAAGUAAAUACAGUUCUUUGAAGAGAUGCUGAAAGAGCUAUUUUAUUGCUAUCAAAUGACAAGGGCACCUCCAUUUGUGGAAAGGUUUUACAUACUAUGGAUUUUCAGCACUGCAAAGACCUAGGGUUUUAUACUGCAAUAUAAAGUCUUGACAUCAGAAUCUUCAACAAUUGGAUCUUCAGUUACUCUAUUGUACAUACAAAUGUCUAACUCCUGGGAUAAAGUUCGAAGUUUUCUGGACAUGAUGGAUAUUCAAGAUUUACAUUCACCUCUUCCAUCAUCAGUUUCAACUUUUUCGGAUUCAUCUAACUGUGACCUGCAACCUCUAUCCAUUGGUGCCGGAAGGUGGCAUGUAGGUGAUAAGAUGGCUGAGCAAAUACUGUCUAUUAUCCAGCCCAAUGCAGGUUCUGAGAAUAGGAGGGAAAGGAUCAUCAAAUAUCUUCAGAGGCUUAUUGAGUAUGCUUUUAAAACUAAGGUCUUUCCAUUUGGAUCUGUGCCGUUAAAGACAUACCUUCCACAUGGAGACAUUGAUUUGACUGCAGUUAAUUAUUCUAUAUCUAGUGAUGACUUAGCUGCUGGGAUAUGCAGUCUCCUAGAAAAUGAAGCGAGGAACAACACUACUUUUCAAGUGAAGGAUGUGCUUUGUGUUCCUGCACAGGUCAGAGUUGUUAAAUGCACUGUGGAUGGUAUAUGUGUCGACAUAUCCUUCAAUCAAACGGCUGGGCUUUAUGCACUAUAUUUUUUUGAUAAGGUUGACCAAUCUAUUGGAAAAGAUCAUCUUUUCAAGCGUAGUGUGAUUCUGAUCAAAGCAUGGUGCUAUUAUGAGAGUCGACUCCUUGGUGGAUAUUAUGGCCUAAUAUCAACAUAUGCUUUGGAGACUAUGGUCUUGCAUGUUAUCAAUCUCUUCCAUUCUACACUACCGUGUCCAUUAGCUGUUUUGCAGAAAUUCUUGGAAUACUACAGCACAUUUGAGUGGAACAAGUAUUGUGUUAGAGUUGAUGGUCUUGUCUUGAUAUCAACUCUUCCUGAAAUAGUAGUGCUGUCACCACCUGAAUGUGAUGAUGCUCUUCUGAGUGAUGCUAUUUUAAGAAGUUACAGAGAAGUAACCUUAUCUGCUAUGGGAAUGGGAGUUGUUGGAUCUAAAAAUCCUGCAUUUCCUGUUAAGUUUCUCAACAUUUUGGAUCCUCUAAGAGAUGAUAACAACUUAGGCCGCAGUGUUAGCAAGGGGAACUUCCAUCGAAUCAGAAGUGCUCUCUCUUAUGGUGCUCAAAAGCUGGGUGACAUUUUGAUGUUACCCCUUGAAAAUAUUAAGCAUGGGCUUGAAAUAUAUUUCAAGGAUACAUUGGAGAGAAACGGAAAAGGAUCACGGGCAGAUGUUGAUGUUCCUGUGUCAGCAUAUGGUUCAGAAACUUCUUCUGGCAAUAGUGGCGAUGAUCAUCUUUCUGGAUUACAUUAUGGUCUGUGGGUUCAUUAUUAUGGUGCGAUAUAUCCUAUCGUGUCUAACACAUCAGAAAGUGACAAAGUAUGGAAUAAUCGAUGGCCAGAAAUGGUUUAUAACGCGCAAUGUGAUCAGAACAUUUAUUAUGGUAAAAGUAUUGACAAAAGCCCACCAUCAUCUUUUGAUGGUGUGAGAAGUAUAAUACCCAGCAAGGCCGCUUCUGUUAAAGAGAAUAGAAAAUCAAGGGGAACGGGCACAUUCAUCCCCUAUCCUUACCAUAGACUUCGGAGGAACAUUGUUUCGGUGGCAAAUGGAGAGGAAAAUGAAGCUGAGAAGGAACUUGAAAACGAGGAGGAACUUGAAAGUGAAAAGGUGGUUGAAACAGUGGACUCUCCUACUAGCUCUCCGCGAGAAGCAAAUUUGUCUUCUGAUGAGGCUGUAAAUACAGAACCCUUCAAUUAUUCGAUAGAAGAGUUCCCUGUUCUUCCUGGUAGUAAGCCCAUACCUAUUAAGGUUUGCCUUGAAACUGUUCAAGUCAAUGACAAUUCGGAAUCAUUUGAUAGCCUUGAGUUUGGCAACUUCAAACACUCGCCAUCAAUAUCUCCGUCAGUGUCAGAAACAAGCAAGCAGUCUGAUUCUGAUGUUUCAAUUAAUCUGGACUUAGUGGGUGACCCAACAGUGGCAAUAUCAGAAGGCCAAGAAUCAUCAAAGAUCAAGGAAAUACCGCUGGGCCUAGUGCAGCCACCACAGCUGAAAGAUGAUCAGGAGUUUCCCCCCUUAAGCCGAUCUGCAGAAGCUGUUAUAACUAUUGAUAAGAAGGAAUUCCCUCCUCUUUGUGCAUAUUCAAGGUCGCAUAAAAGUAAGAAGGGGACAAAAGACUUUAAAUGAGAUGUUGAAGGAGGUGUAGAGCGGUACUGAAGUUUAAUGAAGGAUUUAGGUAAUGGGUUGAUUGAUAGAAGGUCACAUUGACAUUAAAGCAAUUGCAUCAGGGAAUCUCUUCACUUAGACGAUACAAAUCAGACAACCAUCAGAAGCCAGUGAUCGCUGGUGUGGAGUUCACCAUUUUGCUGCCAAUAUUUCAGAAUAAGUUCUUUAGAAACUUCUGGUGUAGUUUGUUGUUUGUAGUGAGCUCACCUCAUUUUGCAAUGUAAUAUAUUAAUUUGAGCAUUUCUGACUCGUAUUGAGACGUUCUGGCUAGCAAUCUGGCAAGAAUUUUCCUGCAGACCAAACGAGGUUAUUGGGAUUUAAAAGUACCGAAAAAAAAAAACCUUUACAGACGAAUUUUGGUAUAGUUAUUCUGGAUUUCUUGAAUUUAUGUAACUACUGUUAUAAUACUAGCUAGUACUUCAAAGUGCUAUCAAAAGUAUGCCUGGUGCACUACUAAGAUAAAGAAAACUAAUUUGGCUACAGAGCUGAUUUGAGGGAUUGGGGGAUCUUAACAUUCCAACCCUUUUUCGUUGGUAUAUAUUCAAUAAAAAGAUUCCUCUUUUGCU